GAGGAAAUUAGCUUAGCAGACGUUAUCAUUUGGGGUACACUAUAUCCUUUUGUUGAUAGUAGUCCAGCUUCUGUCAAUGCAAAAAAAUAUAAAUCUGUCCAUACUUGGUAUCAACGCUUAUCGUCCAUGGAUGAUUUUAAAACAGCAGUCAAUGAAGCCACAGGAAGUAAAGGGGUAACAGCUUUCAAGAAUUAUUUCCAACAAGCUCCUAUACCUUCAGUGUCUUUAUCAACCUCACAAUCUGUAACUGAAGAUAGUGAAAAUUCUGUUACACAAGACGAAAUUGACGAAGCGUAUCAUGCGUGGACAUCAGGACGUGAAAAUUAUCCAAAGAGAGAGAAACGGCCCCAUCCUCUCUUACCACAAGAAGGAAAACGCAACAUUCUAUUAACUAGUGCGCUACCGUAUGUCAAUAAUGUACCACAUUUAGGCAACAUCGUUGGUUGCGUUUUAAGCGCUGAUGCAUUUGCUAGAUAUUGUCGUGCACGCAAUUAUAAUAUACUAUAUAUAUGCGGAACUGAUGAAUACGGAACAGCAACUGAAACUAAAGCUGUCGAAGAAGGAGUUACGCCUCAACAAAUUUGCGAUAAAUACCAUGCUCUCCACGCGGAAGUCUAUAAGUGGUUUGACAUAAGUUUUGAUCAUUUUGGCCGUACAACAACGAAAGAACAGACCGAAAUUGCACAAGAUAUAUUUUGGAGGCUACAGGACCGCAAUUAUGUUACUGAAGAGAAUGUAGAUCAACUCUUUUGUGAAAAUUGUCAAAGAUUCUUAGCUGAUCGUUUUGUAGAAGGGACUUGUCCGUUUUGUACAUUUCCUGAUGCUCGCGGAGAUCAAUGCGACAAAUGUGGAAAGCUCAUUAAUGCAAUAGAAUUGAAGGCACCCAGAUGUAAAGUUUGUAAAUCGCAGCCAGUUAUUAAAAGCUCUAAACACUUAUUUUUAGACCUCCCUAAGAUUGAGCCCCAACUUCAUAAGUAUUAUGGACGACCAGAUUCCUUGACUGACUGGUCACCAGCUGCUCGUAACAUAACUCAAACUUGGCUUCGUGAUGGCGUUAAGAGCCGUUGUAUCACGCGAGAUUUGAAAUGGGGUACUCCAGUACCACUGGAAGGCUUUACAGAAAAAGUAUUUUACGUUUGGUAUGAUGCUCCUAUAGGCUAUAUCUCCAUCACUGCGGCGUAUACGGACCAAUGGGAGAAAUGGUGGAAAAACCCUCAAAAUGUGGAAAUGUACAAUUUUAUGGCUAAAGAUAAUGUACCAUUUCAUAGCAUCAUCUUUCCAGCUUGUCUUUUAGCUGCAGAUGAUAAUUACACUGUAGUCAAUAAACUCAGUGCUACUGAAUACCUCAAUUAUGAAGAUGGAAAGUUUUCGAAAAGCCGCGGCAUUGGUGUUUUUGGAAAUGAUGCGAAAGCGACUGGCAUUCCUGUUGACAUUUGGAGAUUUUACUUACUUUACGUUAGACCGGAAACUCAGGAUAGCUCAUUCAGUUGGUCUGAUUUAGAAGCUAAAAAUAAUUCAGAAUUGUUGGCUAAUCUUGGCAAUUUUGUUAAUCGUGCUAUGUUGUUUGUGUCCAACUUUUUUAACGGCGAAAUUCCAGAAAUGGAUUUAAUUGAAGAAGAUAAGGUUUUACUUGCUCAAAUCACUCGUGAAAUUCGUACAUAUAAUAACAAUUUGGAAAGAACUAGAAUACGCGAUGGAAUAAGAAAUAUUUUAAGCGUUUCUCGAUUGGGAAACCAAUAUAUGCAAUCCCAUACUCCGUGGAAACUUGUUAAGCAAUCGGAAGCAGACAAGAAGCGAGCAGGAACCGUUGUUGGAGUCUGUGCUAAUAUUACGUGCCUGUUAUCGAUACUCUUGCAGCCCUACAUGCCAACUACCAGUAAAGAAAUUUUGUCUCAAGCAAAGCUAGUAGAUGAUUAUUCGGUGAUCACUGACAAAUUUGUAUGUCUAUUACCUGCUGGCCACAGGAUUGGCAAGCCGAAGCACUUAUUUGAAAAAAUUGAACCCAGUAAAACGGAAGAAUUUAAAACGAAAUACGGUGGUAGAACAAAUGCGACUGCGGUAAAUUUUAAGAAGACUGAAACAACCCCGGUCGCAAACGAUGUCAAAGAAUUAGAAGAGCAAGUUUCAAAACAGGGUGAUCUUGUUCGACAAUUAAAGGCAGAUAAAGCUGAAAAAUUUGUAAUUCAAUCGGAAGUGCAGAAACUUCUUGAAUUAAAGAAGCAUCUAGCUAUAGCUAAGGGCGAACCAGUACCAAGCAAAGACAGUAAAAAGAAAAAAAAAAAAUAG